UUUGAUUAUAGUUCAGAAGACUGGUUUUCCUCCAAAAAAAAAAAAAAAAAAAAAAAAAAAAAAAAAAAAAAAAACUUCAGAACAUCAACCUCAUCCCUGUAAUCUUCCUGUCUAUUUUCUUUAACAUCCAGAUUUUGGGAUUAACCUGGAGAAAUGGAUUUGCUUCCAGAUCCCCUUCUCGAAUCCAUCUUCAGCCUUUUAAAAAAUGUAACACGCGAAGCACAAACCACAAUACAGUUCAAGGCCGAACUAGAGCAACUCACCGCCACCUUACAGAUGAUAGGACCGAUCGUUAAUGAUAUUGUUAAGAGCAAACGGGGACUAGAUCAUUCAGAGGAAGAGUGCAAUAUGUUCACAAAUGAAAUCAAAAAGGCCGAAAAACUUGUGUGCGAAUCUUCGAAAGUGAAGUGGAAUCCCUUCAAGAGGAACCUUUACUCAAGACAGCUAAAACGUCUCAACCGUAAGCUGGGAAACUUCUGUCCAGCCGGAGUUGUCGCAAUUCAGAUUCGGGACAGUACGCAGGCGCUUGCGUUGGAGAAUGAUACGAAUGUAAAAGUGGGUCAUAUAUUGAAUCGCAUGACUAAUAAGAGAAUAGCUUCGGUUGGCGAAGAACGAGAAAAUUAUGGUUGGCGAGUUCCCAGACUUCCAAGUGGAAUCGUGGCGUUUGAAGAGCCACUACAGAAGCUGAAGGCUGCGGUUCUUGCUUCUACUGAUAUUGAUGAUGGUGGAAGUUCCAUGGGUUGUGAUGAUCGUUCGGUGCUGGUUGUGGCGGCUCCUGGUGGAUGUGGGAAGACCACUUUGGUGAAAAUGCUAUGCCAUGAUGCUGAAAUUCGAGAAAGAUUUGGGGAGAAUAUCUUGUUUGUGAUAGUUUCAGAAACACCCAACUUGAUGGUGAUGGUGAGUGAUCUCUUUAAUCCAAAUUCCUCCAGCCCGCUGCUUGUGUUUCAGAGCAAUGAAGACGCAAGGACCAAGUUGGAAAACUUUUUGAGUAGAAAAGCAUCAGAUCCUAUGCUUCUAGUAUUAGAUGAUGUGUGGUCUGCUUCGUUUAUUGAAGAAAUCUUUCCAUCCAAGAUCGGAGGACACAAAAUUCUUGUCACAUCCAGGACUGCCUUUCCGAAAUACAAUGUGUUCUGGUUUGAGCCGUUGCACCAGGAAGAUGCCAAAACCCUAUUUAGAGGUUCAGCAUUUACCAGAGGCGGGAGUAGACCUAGUCCAACUAUUAAUGAUGAUCUUGUGAAUCAGAUGGUUUCAUGGUGUAAGAAUCAUCCGCUCACCCUUACCGUGGUUGGCCUAUCCUUAAAUGGGAAGGAUGAGUUAGCCUGGAAAUCUGUGCUAAACAAGUUGUCUCGAGGGAGAUCACUUCUAGAUUUACACGAGGAUAUAUUCAUCGCUUUAGAAAGAAGCUUCGAGGCCUUAGAUGACGAAUACAAGCAAUGUUUCUUGGAUUUUGGGCUAUUUCCUGAAGACCAAAGGAUCCCGGUUAGCUCCCUCUUGAAUAUGUGGGUGCAUUUGUACGACUAUGAUGACGAUGGCGUUGAUACCAUGGCCACAAUCAAAGAAUUUUCCAAUAGAAAUCUUGUCCAUCUUAUGACCACAGGGAAUGAUUCGGGCGCAAGAGUUAACCAUUGCGAUCAACAAUUUGUGACACAACAUGAUUUGUUGAGGGAGCUUGCGAUUCACUUGAAUAGCAAACUACCCUUACCACAAAGGAGUAGAUUGAUUAUAAAUGCACAAGGAGAUGAAUUGCCUGCAUAUAUUGAACAAGUCCAAGAACCCAUGCAAGCCCGCAUAUUGUCUAUUUCCACAGGAGAGUCAUUCUCCUCAAAAUGGUGCAAUUUGGAAGUCCCCAACCUCGAAGUUCUAAUCUUGAACUUAAGGUCAAAAACCUACACUUUACCCCAUUUCUUAGCAGGAAGUCAAAAAUUAAAGAUUCUAAACAUCACAAACCACGGUUUAUACCCUAUAGAAUUUGACAAUUUCCAUUUUCUCGGCUCUUUACGUAAUCUAACAACGAUUAGACUUGAACGUGUGGCGAUAAGUCCAUCCAUUUUAUCGCUAGAAAACUUGCAGAAAGUAUCGCUCAUAAUGUGCAAAACUGGCAACACUUUGAAGAAACCCAUGAACAACCCCCCCAAUAUCUCGAUAAGUCCAUCCAUUUUAUCGGAGAAAGUAUCGUCCAUAUUGUGCAAAAUUGGCAACACUUUCAAGAAACCCAUUAUCAACUGCCCCGAUAUCUGGCCACAAUUAGUUGAGAUUGAUAUCGAUAACUGCCAAGAUUUAGUCGAAUUUCCAUGGACAUUAUGUCACAGUGUCCACCUUAAGACUAUUAGCAUCACAAAUUGCAAUGAGAUGUGUGGAUUUUCUGAAGAAUUUGGGAGUUUGACUAAUUUGGAAAUGCUUAGUCUUCGUUCUUGUAUGAAACUGGAAAAGUUACCGGAAUUGAUUUGGAGACUUGAAAAGUUGAGUGUUCUUGAUAUUUCAUUUUGUUCAAGCUUGAGUGGGUUGCCAGUAAAAAUGGGUGGUAUACCAACGAUUUAUAUGAAAGGUUGUGAGCUUCCGGAAUCUGAGGAGGAGUUUUCGUGUACAUGCACUAUUCAAUGAAGAAAUAGUGUAUCUGGUGGAAGAUCGCCUAGAAACCCUAAUGAAGUCAUCUGAAGCCUAUGUGUUACUUAAGACAAAACAUGUUGUACUGAGUUUGGUGUGCAUAGGACAAACAUUACACUAUUUUGUUCCCCUUGAUGCUGCAUAUGUAAACUGUUUAGUAGAGUGAAUAUAUUCGUGUACUUUGUUAUUCAAACACAAGUGAUAAUAUUUUGAUUGUUUGUAUAAGUAAUAAAUAAUUGAUUCUUGACC